GUUGUGCAAUUAUUUACUUAAACCAUGAAGCCGUUUCAGCUUGCAGAUAAAUCACAGCUCUGCUUUCCGUUUCUCAGACUCCUCUCACCUUGGCAUUUUCUCCCCCUGCAGGUAGACUAAUAUUGACUUUAGAGUGGCCUAUCAACAUCUGUGGAAGUUAAUAGGCAUCACUGCAUCUAGUGUGCCUGUUUGUAUCAUAUUUUUUUCUCGAAAGGGAUUCUAUAGUAGAGCCUAUCUCUCAUUUUCUCAGGCACGUUCAAUUCGUAGCAGAUUCAUCUUUAGCGAGUCGCGACGGAGAGAUCAGGGUGAGGUAUUGCGGUCACUGCGACCGCCUCCACUCUGCGGGCGAGUAGAGGUGGAUAAAGUGAAAGGAGGAGCCGUGCACCUGUUAGACCAGUUAGGGACCACAUGACUGCAGAAGAAUUUGCCUGGGUUGGUGUCCUUUGUCGAGAUACAAGACGGGAAGGAUGUCGGAGCCAGCGACGAAUCCUGCGGUGACAGCAUUCCCAGCGCCAACGAUAUCUUUGCCAUUGGGACUACAAAUAUUGAGGACGUACUCCGGUGCUCUGAUCUGCUUGGAAAUUAUAUUUGGAGGGCUGGUAUGGAUCCUGGUGGCCUCCUCCAACGUGCCCGUGCCCCUGCUACAGGGCUGGGUGAUGUUUGUCUCUGUCAGCACAUUCUUCUGUUCCAGCGUGUACCUCUUCCUCUUCCUCCUGGGAUUGGCUGACAGGAUCAACACCGACUGGAACCUGAUGGAUGUGCUGUACCACUUCACAGCACUGCUGUUCUACUUCAGUGCCUUGGUGCUGGAGGCUGCUGUUACGGCUGCCAGAGGGGUCAUCAGGAGUACCAACAGCUCCAUACCAGGAUGUGUAACAGCCCCUAGUGGAAAUAUACUCACCUUCUUGGACAACAGACAAUACAGUAUUAACGUGGCAGCUACGGUCAGUGUACACUAACACACAACGUCAAGGCCGUCUGUAAAUGCAAAUGGUGGUUCACUGAUCAGAUCAGGCUUUUAAUUCAAAUACUUCAUACUGUACGUGCCUGUUUGAGUUUGUCUGGGUUGAUAAACCAAUAGAAAAUUCCCAGAACUGCAAACCCUGCCCAUCUGGUUGUCACUAGUUACCAAAGUUAAUUAUAUCGUAAAAAUACAUGAAAAGAAAAAUAAUCUUUUUGAUCUUAAUUUAAGGUUUAAAUCAGAUUUUAUGAAGAUAAACUGUGGAAAUCGGUGUGGUUUAUCCAUAAUUAUGACUGUGGUAACUAAUGACAACCUACUGGAUCUGGCACUCUAGGCAGACAAUAUUAUAAACCCAGAGGUCUGUUACUACUAUAACAUGUUAAACCCAGAGGUCUGUUACUACUAUAACAUGUUAAACCCAGAGGUCUGUUACUACUAUAACAUGUUAAACCCAGAGGUCUGUUACUACUAUAACAUGUUAAACCCAGAGGUCUGUUACUACUAUAACAUGUUAAACCCAGAGGUCUGUUACUACUAUAACAUGUUAAACCCAGAGGUCUGUUACUACUAUAACAUAUUAAACCCAGAGGUCUGUUACUACUAUAACAUAUUAAACCCAGAGGUCUGUUACUACUAUAACAUGUUAAACCCAGAGGUCUGUUACUACUAUAACAUAUUAAACCCAGAGGUCUGUUACUACUAUAACAUAUUAAACCCAGAGGUCUGUUACUACUAUAACAUAUUAAACCCAGAGGUCUGUUACUACUAUAACAUAUUAAACCCAGAGGUCUGUUACUACUAUAACAUAUUAAACCCAGAGGUCUGUUACUACUAUAACAUAUUAAACCCAGAGGUCUGUUACUACUAUAACAUGUUAAACCCAGAGGUCUGUUACUACUAUAACAUGUUAAACCCAGAGGUCUGUUACUACUAUAACAUGUUAAACCCAGAGGUCUGUUACUACUAUAACAUGUUAAACCCAGAGGUCUGUUACUACUAUAACAUGUUAAACCCAGAGGUCUGUUACUACUAUAACAUAUUAAACCCAGAGGUCUGUUACUACUAUAACAUAUUAAACCCAGAGGUCUGUUACUACUAUAACAUAUUAUAAACCCAGAGGUCUGUUACUACUAUAACAUAUUAAACCCAGAGGUCUGUUACUACUAUAACAUAUUAAACCCAGAGGUCUGUUACUACUAUAACAUGUUAAACCCAGAGGUCUGUUACUACUAUAACAUAUUAAACCCAGAGGUCUGUUACUACUAUAACAUAUUAAACCCAGAGGUCUGUUACUACUAUAACAUGUUAAACCCAGAGGUCUGUUACUACUAUAACAUAUUAAACCCAGAGGUCUGUUACUACUAUAACAUAUUAAACCCAGAGGUCUGUUACUACUAUAACAUAUUAAACCCAGAGGUCUGUUACUACUAUAACAUGUUAAACCCAGAGGUCUGUUACUACUAUAACAUAUUAUAAACCCAGAGGUCUGUUACUACUAUAACAUGUUAAACCCAGAGGUCUGUUACUACUAUAACAUAUUAAACCCAGAGGUCUGUUACUACUAUAACAUGUUAAACCCAGAGGUCUGUUACUACUAUAACAUGUUAAACCCAGAGGUCUGUUACUACUAUAACAUGGUAUUAUAAACCCAGAGGUCUGUUACUACUAUAACAUGGUAUUAUAAACCCAGAGGUCUGUUACUACUAUAACAUGUUAAACCCAGAGGUCUGUUACUACUAUAACAUAUUAAACCCAGAGGUCUGUUACUACUAUAACAUAUUAAACCCAGAGGUCUGUUACUACUAUAACAUAUUAAACCCAGAGGUCUGUUACUACUAUAACAUAUUAAACCCAGAGGUCUGUUACUACUAUAACACAGGGAUGUUUUUAGAGCCUUGGUGAGGUCGUAUAUCGGUGUUCUACUGUUGACAGUGAACGGAUGUGUUGUGCUUCGUCCUGACAGCCGUGUCCAUUUCUGUAUUGGUUGCUCCUGUACUGCACACGGCUAUUUUCACAACGUUUCAUUAGCAAGGAGACCAAACACAAAAGCUCUGUAGUAAACUCCUAAGUCAAUGUUAUUCAGUAAAUUGAGCUGUAGGCCUUUGCAUUCCAUGAGUUAAUGUUUGGCCGUUGUUCUCUCGACUCUAUACGAGGUAGUUUGUUCAGUGAUGUUGCUGGUGCUGUACUAUAUAGCUGCUGCUAUUACAUUAGGUGUCAUUGCUCAAGGCUUUCUGUGAGUUUAGCCUAACCUUGUUGUUGUUGUUGUCCUGGUUCUCCUCUAGAUAUUUGCCUUUGUGGUGACACUCUGCUACGCCUGCAGCAUGUUCAUGGGCUUCAGGAGGUGGCAGAUGUGACACGGAAGAAAGAAAACGCACCAUUUACGUUUUUACAGUUCAAACUCCUACCGUGCCGUCAAGACAUUGUCACGUUGUCUGUUUAUUACAUGUGUAUAACAACAUUAUUUUUUAAAGAGAACGAAUGUAUCAUGAUAUUUGCAUCAAGUUUAUAUUUGUUGCUAUGAGAUCAAGACAGAACACUUUGUUGUAUCUUUCAUGUAAUAACAGCACACCAGGCGUUAUGGCUAAGCUACCAGAUGUGUUUAGUUGUGUGAUCAAUAGUGUAGAUUUUAUUUAUUAGUAUUUGAUUCCCUGUAAAAUGAAUUAAACUCUGGAUCAGAAGAGACCUAUAACUGAUUAAAUAACAAUAAUGGGACAGUUAUAUUUUCCCCUUGUAGAAUGUAUAACUUUUUUAGAGCAACAUGGAAAACUGUUAAACAUACUACAUAGGACAAUUAUCAUAAUCACUUAAUGACCGUGUGAAUAUCUACUGGAAUAUAUUGAGUAUAUUCUGUGAUUUCUGAAAUGCAUUUUUACAAAUAAAUAACUUUUCUUA